CUGGCUUCUCCCUCGCUGUCGAUCACUUCUCCAGUCCCCUCAUAUACCCUUGUUGUCAUUCUCACUCAUCCCCGUCUCAGAUCCAACCCCCCUUGGACUCUGUAGACCUAUAGCAACCUGCCCAGUAUUGCGUCCGCCCCUCACCACGCGCGCAGACGCGCGAGGACUUCGUCCUUCAUGUCUGCCGUCAGCACGCUUGUCGAGCGUGACGUCGAGGCAGAGCUCAGGGUAGCUCAUAACAAGAAACAUCGCCGGCGGGAACGGCCCGCCGGCCAGGUGGUCGCCCCCCUGAGGUACACCAAGGAUAUGAUCUCAAAUGAUGUCUGGGAUCAGAUGCUAAUGACCAACAACUGGAGGACGCUCACCUUACACAAGUUCGAUGGUCCUCCUAAUUCGAUCCUCGAUAUCGGAUGUGGAAGGGGACAGUGGGCAAUCUGCGCCGCCAAGAUGUGGCAGGGGAGUAACGUCGUCGCAUUCGACGUUAACGACCCUACACCAAACAAACGCCUCGCGAGGUUUGGUGCAGGGAAGAACGACAACUUGCCCAAGCGGCUUAAAUGGGUCCAAGGAGACCUCCUCGAGCCCCUUCCCUUCUCUGAUGGGAAGUUCGACCUCGUUCGACUAUCACGCAUGGGACUUCAUAUCCCGCAUGAUGAGUGGAACGACGUAUUGGAGGAGAUUGCACGAGUCCUCACGCCUGGCGGCGUGCUUGAGGUGAUUGAAGAGGAUUUAAUUUUCCCAAACCACUCGGCCCCGGCAUUUACCUCUCCACCGGUUCAAUCCUCUGGCGGACCAUCGAUUCCCCGUAUGCCAUCCUCCAUGGGUGACGUCAAUCGCUUAACUGGAACCAGCCCCAGGCCAUCGCUUCACCGCAUGCAGUCGACAGGCGACGUUGGUCGCCGCCCCAGCAGCCCCAGACCAUCGAUCCACCGCAUGCAGUCUACGAGUGCGGUAAAUCGCCUAUCCGGAAGCAGCUAUGGAUCAGUUGCUUCCAACAUAUCCCAUUCUCCGUACUCGCAUAAUGAGCGCACGUCGACAUUCCGGCCUUCUCACUCAGAAAGCGGCAACCUGGACGUCUGCUUCCCACAAGCAUCCUCCCUCUCCCUCCCGAGCAAUCACGCGGCGCACUCGACCGAGGACCUGCGCGACCACGCGCGCCUGGCGAUGGCGUGGGCUACGAUGCUGCGGGACAACUACCUCGAACCUAACGUGCUCGACCACCUACCCGGCCGGCUCGCGAGCGUGUUCAGCUCCGUCUCGGGCACACCGCCCUACCAGGUCUUUCUCCCGCCCAACUCGAUCAAGGCGCCGCCCGUACCGCCGAUGCCGCCGCUCGCGGACGACCACUCGGCGCCGAGCUCCGCGCGGAGCAGCGCAGGCUCAAGCGAGCUCAACCCGGCGAUGUACUCGCACAUGCUGUCGCUGCUGAACCGCCAGCCGUCGUUGAUGUCGCUGGCGAGCAGCAACAGCCACAGCCGCGCGUCGACGCUGAGCUCGGAGACGGUGAGCCCGCACGAUGCGGAUGGAGAGGAGUUCGAUCUGGAGUCGCCGCUCAAGCAGGGCGGGAGCGUUGAAGAUGCGGCGGCCGCGGCGGCACAUCUCCGGCGGACGAUGCAGAUGGUGGGCGCGUGCCGGGAGCGGCUCUUUGGUGCGUACGAGCGGUUGUUCAAGCACGGGGAUGUGCCGCCGCCGAUUGCGCAGCCGCAGUAUCAGUACAACAAGGGGGGCGCUGGGAGCAAGUACUGGCGUAAUCUAAGGGGCGAGGACAAGUUCACGACCUAUGAGGAUUUCCGGAUUCUCGGGAGCGAUUUGAGGGAGAUGUUUGAUAAUGAUUGGGCGAAUUGGGAGAACGACAUGGUCGACCGCGCCGGCAUACGCGGGCACAUGCAUCAGCAGUUCGACUGGGGCGAGCCCUGGGCUGUAUCCGUGCCCAGGUUUGAGCCGCCACUGCAGAGCGUCUUAUGGCGCGACAAGCUCCCGGACCACCUGCCCGACGGGCAUCCCCAGUACUUCCGCAACAUUCGCGGCUUCGUCUGUUUCAAGGGCAUGGACCUUGCGCCUGCGCCUGCUGUCAUGCCUGACUGGUAGAGCUAGGUUCGAUUGGGCCGCUCAAGAGCUUGCUACAGCACCCGCUACGCGCCACCGUCUCCCGCACAAUAUCAAUACCCAUCUGGACUGCAAGAAUGGACGAUACCCACUCAUUUUCGCAAAUUGUACUCUACAUCUCAUUUAUACCUCUCUUCCUCUGGAUCGGAUUGUUGACUUCGAUGGUUUCCUGGAAUACCGACUCCUCUUGCGGCGUAUUCUGGCGGUAGCCCCGAAGGCAUCAUACGAACGUCGUGAUCACCGGCUCGCGGGCACUCUUUUUUCUCCUUUGUCUUUCUCAUUACGAACUCUCAUCUUACACAUGUGACUGGAAAAUACCUUAAAGCAUACACAUAUCAUAUCGUACCUGCGUACGUACAUAGCACCAUUUGUACUAGUAUCUAUCCUACAUUAUUGUUAACGUAACGUCAUCUGCAC